AUGACCGUCGCCGAUGAAUACACUACUGCCGCGAGCGACAUCCUGGAUGCCAGAAGGACAAUCCAGAUUCUCGCAGCCACCUGUCGAGGAAUUGCCCAAUCUUGUGCACAGGAAUCAUUGCAGGACCAGAAGCCUCAAAACAAUAUACCGCACCCCAACGAGCGCCUGUCGGACCAAGUCGUCUUCGCCAUCAUCCAAGGCAGGAUUGGAGGGAUGUGUCGCGGUAAGAUCUGGCCGAAUGACUUCGACUCAGAUGGCCAUAUCAAACGAGAUCGAAUCCCUCGAGGCCCACCCGUCAUCUCAUGGGCAAAUGGCAUACCCUUCUUCACUGUGUACGGAGGAUACUACAUACUCGGCGGCCACUAUCUCGCCCGACGAAGUUGGCUCCUCAGUGCAUCCUCAACCUCAAUCUACCCGGGCUGUCUCGCCGGCCUAGUCAUUGCCUCACCGAGUGCCAUACCCGCCGACGCCAUGCUCCUGUCUGAACAGAUCCAAGCCUUCCGGACGGAAUCCUGGAAGAAAAUCAACUGGGAACCCAAGUCUGACCUGGAACGAACCCAGAAGAACUUCACCACCUAUACCAAAGAUCACUCACGCCUGUCCCUCAUUUUCUUCGGUGAGGACUCCUUUGGUUUCGCCCCCCCAAUCCGCGAAGCAGCUUCAUAUAAUCUUCACCUUGACCCGGCCGAGACGGCCACCGUGUCUCCUACGCGGGUAGCAAUAAAUGUGUGGAACCAGACACGCCUCGAACGCUACGUCAACAAUAUGAACGUGCAAUUCCACUUUCCAAUUCAGCAGUUCACGCUUUUCUUCGAUGAGGCGCUUGGCCAUCCAAUGUCAAAGGCCCAAUCCACCUUGGAAUCACCACUGAAGAAUCUCACAUUAGAAUCAGAAUCCCCGAAGAAGAAACACCCACUCACACCAGUCACACCAGUAUGCAGCAAAACCAGCGAAGCCACCACCACUUCCAAACGACCAAGCAACGACAAACUUGAUGAAGAUACACCCUCGAAAAAGCGCAGGCAGCUGAAAACCCACUCCUGGAAAAUGAAACAGCAACAACAAACGCAACAGAAGCAACAACAUCAGCAACAUCACCUGGAACAGGAACAGAAACAGCGACAGAAGCAGCAGCAGCAGCAGCAGCAGCAGCAAGAACAGAAACGACAACCCCCGGCUGGACACAGCUCAAGAACAGCGAAACAAAUCGGGCAAGCAUUCACAACCGAGUUCGAAAUCGAAGAAACCUGCCUCGCCUUCGACGAUCUAACCAAAAUCUACAACGAAAUCAUCCAAGACCGCGAAACCCUCGAUACAUCCCCCGCGCGAGCCGUACUUCGGUUAUACAAAACACAGCAGGAAAAACAUGCCCGAUAUCGGGAUCUCCUUGAAACUGUGCAAAAGGGGAUUGGGCGGAAGGGUCGGGCUGUGAAACUUAUCUUUCAGGAGAGACUUGCCGGUGUUGCUUUUCCGGACGACUUGACUCCGAGUCCCACGCCUGCUUUGGCUGAAGGUUUGGCCCUGCAUACGCCGAUUUCCACUGACGGGGAUGUUGAUUAG